ACUUUCUGAAAUUCCGCAAACAGCGGAUUAAGCUCGCAAACGAUUGCAAAUCGGAAUGGAUUGGUGUCCCUCAGGGGACGAAACUGGGACCAUGGCUCUUUGUAUUAAUGAUUGAAGAUAUCAAAGUCACAAACACCGACUUAUGGAAAUACGUUGAUGACACCACGAUCGCCGAGCCAGUGGAGAAGGGCGAGAUAAGCAAUAUUCAAACCGCUGUCGAUGAACUGUCGGAAAUGUCAAACAGAAGUAAGUUCCAGUUGAAUGAAAGGAAAUGCAAGGAAAUCGGGAUCUCUUUCGCAAGAUACCAACCUCAGUUUGAACCUAUCUAUAUCAACGAUAACGAAAUUGAGGUUGUAAAAACCGUCAAAUUGUUGGGAUUGAACAUUUCAAGUGAUCUUAAGUGGAACUGCCACGUUUCCAAAAUUGUCAAGAAAGCUUCUACCCGUCUCUAUUUCCUUAAGCAACUAAAACGAGCCAAAGUAGCUGAGAAAGAACUCGUAAUUUACUACAUCACCUGUAUUCGAUCGAUUACAGAGUACGCUUGUCCCGUAUUUCAUAAUGGCCUGUCUAAAUACCUAUCAAUUGAUUUGGAAAGAAUACAGAAACGUGCGUUGCGAAUCAUUUACCCCUUCACUAGUUAUAUGCAGAUGCCCUUGAAAUGUGUGACUUACCAUCCUUAUAUGACCUUAGAGACACUAACAACAAAGCUUUUCGAAGAAAUAUGUUCCGACCCUAAUCACAAGCUGUACCAUUUACUGUCUGAAAUCAACAGAUCUGCUGUUAACCUUCGAAACAGUCGCAAAUUCAAUGUUCCCACAU